UUUUCCUGCGAAAACGAAAGCUAUCUCAUUUGCUGCCUGCAUCAUGUGAGGCUGUGCUUCAGGAGGGGUGGAGCUGCUCUAAAUACCCUGCAUCAGAUCGUCCCAGAUCACAUCAAAACUCCAGACCACGGAGUCUGUUCCUCGAUUCUCUGGGUUUGGUGUUCGUCCAUUUUGGAGCCAUGGAAUUUUCCCAGGCAUUCAUCUUGGCCUCUAAUGUGGCUUCCAAGAUACUGUCGGCAGGGAGUCUGGCCACAGUGGGUGGGGCAGCCUCCAGCGGUAUCCUGGCAGGACUCCCUUCAGUGGGGCUCCCCGUGUCAGCCAAUGCUGCCCUGGCUGGGGCCACAUCAGCCCUGGGAUCCUUGAUGGCAACACUGAAUGGCUCCUACCUGCUAGGAGUCCCUGCUGCAGCCCUGGCUUCCCCACUAGGAGCCAAGGCUGCUGUAGCUGCAGUAGGAGGAGCCCUGGCCGUGGGCGCUGUGCCGGUGGCGCUGGGUGCCAUGGGCUUCACCGGCGCAGGAAUCACUGCCUCCUCCUUAGCGGCCAAGAUGAUGUCAGUGGCCGCCAUCACCAACGGGGGCGGAGUUGCCUCCGGAAGCCUGGUGGCAACUCUGCAGUCUGUGGGUGCAGCUGGACUCUCCCUGUCAUCCAAAAUCCUCGUGGGCUCUGCUGGGUCUGCCCUUCUGCCCCUCAUAGUGGGCUUGAAAUAGCUCCCUGCCACUCCCUCUGCAGAGACGAGGACUGGGUGGGACCCUGCCUGCCAGCCUGAUGCAGUGUGGGAACGGUUUUGGGGUGGGGGAGACAAGAUGCCAAAUGCUGCAUCCCCAGAGGAAAAUAAGAAAUAAAACUGAGUUGUUGUAA